AUGCGAGAUCUCGUCGCACUGCAGAGAGUGAACAAGAAAUGGAAGGCCGCCAUCACUGGGUACUCGGUGCUGCGAAAGGCACUCUUCUUGCAACCCACUGAGGACAUCCAGCUGAGCUUAGUGGAAACCCGGCAAAUGCAGCCUCACUAUUGCACAUCCCAAUGGGACUGUCCACCAUUCGUGACAUCGCUGAGAGCAGUUGACAUGCACCCCGACUCUAUCACGCGUUGGGCGAUGGAUUUGUCAGACGAACAAGAGUACCGCAUUGUGAUCAACCCAAUCCUUGGCGUCGAAACGCCUUGGUCUCAGUGGUACUUCUACGAGAACUUCAAAACCAAAGACAAGUUCCUCGACAAAGCAUACCAAAGAAGCGGCGCCUCUUGGAAAGGCAUGCUAUUCGCCCAGCCACCGCUGAAGGAGAUGAUGGUUCGACACCGAGGUACGAACCACGUGCGUGUCAUAAGGGCGAAGGACAAGUCGAAGGGUCUGACCUUGGGAGAUGUGCAUCGUAGUAAACGCGCAUUCAACGCCUCGAUAGAAAGGGUGUGGGGCGAAGAUGGGUUCUCGCGUGGACUCCCAGAGGAGAGCUCUGCGUACGACAUCGUGGAGAAGCUGGGUGUGGAUCCCGCUCCAGAGACUCUCGAGGAAGCGGACCUGGACCCAGACUCAGACGAGCUAGAGCGAGCGAUGGACUAUGAAUUCUUGUUUUGGGUUGGUUAA